AGUGAGUGAUGGGAGGAUCCAACGGAGACUGCUGCAAGAAAAGGAACUCACGUUUGACAAAGCACUGAGUUUAGCCAGAGCGAUGGAGACAGCUGCACUGAAUGCAGAGGAGAUUCAGAGACCGACUGGUGACAGCGUAGAAGGAGAGGUACACAAAAUGCAGGAAACCAAGCCCAGUCUACCUAAGAUGAAGUGUUUCCGGUGCCUUGGAUUCCACCCACCAAACAGUUGUUAUGCUCAGAGGAUGCAGUGCCAUAAGUGCAAGAAGGUUGGACACCUCGCUCGAGCAUGUCGAGGCCAGCGACAGCCAGGCCAGGCAAGGAAUGAAAUAGCUGCCCAAUCUCCUGUGACGAAAACACAUCGAGUUGAAACCACACCUCUUACACCCAAAGCCCAACAAGCAGUGGAAGAAGGGCAAAGCGAUGAUGGAGUUGAAGGAAUGUAUACAGUAUACGUUGUGGGUAAGGAGUGUCAGAAUGAACCACUAGCAGUGACGGUUCAUAUCAACAAGAAAGCAGUACAGAUGGAAGUUGAUACUGGAGCAUCAGUGUCAAUUGUAAGUGAGAGCACUUACAAGAAACUGUGGAAGAGGCAAGAGUUGCCUGGUUUACGACGACCACAAGUGAGGUUGCAUACUUACUCUGGGGAACCAUUGACAGUGUUGGGAGAGCUGGAUGUCCGAGUGCGGACUCAAAAUCAGAUUGCAACGAACUGGAUGAAGUCACUCGUAUUACCAUGGCAUGAAAUGUUACAGAAGGGACACAUCAAGUCCAUUGGUACAGAGACGUCCUGCACAGAGUUGCUGAAGAGGUUUGAUGGUGUGUUUGAAGAAGGGAUUGGUGAGUUGAAAGGAACGAUGGCUGCUGUCAAAGUGAAAGAGGGCAGUGCAGCGCGAUUUUUCAAGCCGAGACCAGUACCAUAUGCCUACCGGGCGAAGGUAGAACAUGAGCUAAAGCGACUAGAAGCUGAGGGCAUAAUUGAACCGGUUCGAUUUGCCAACUGGGCGGCUCCCAUUGUCCCCAUAUUGAAAGCUGACGGCUCCAUUAGAAUCUGUGGUGAUUAUCGACUCACGGUUAACCAGGUGGCAGAGACUGAGAAGUACCCAUUACCAAGAGUGGAAGACAUUUUUGCUUCGGUAGGGAUAGGAGCCGUGUUGUCACAUCAGUACCCGGAUGGUGGGGAAAGACCGAUUGCCUACGCGUCCCGUUCUUUGACCAAGGCGGAACAAGGAUAUGCACAGAUCGACAGGGAAGCAUUGUCAGUGGUGUUUGGGGUUAAACGGUUUCGACAGUACGUGUUUGGACACCAGUUUACCAUUUUUACCGACCAUAAACCACUGCUCACCUUAUUGGGGGAGAACAGAGGCGUACCAGCAAUGUGCUCCGGACGAGUGCAACGUUGGUCACUGAUGCUGUCCAGUUAUCAGUAUACAAUGACGUAUCGACCCGGAUCGUUAAAUAGCAAUGCAGAUGGGUUAAGCCGACUGCCAAGCAGUGGGGUGCCCGACGAAGAGGAAGAGCCUGUGGAGGCUGUGCUGCUGAAACUAAAUAUUCAGAAUGAAUACUCUCUGUCAAAAGAAGCUACUGUCUCUAAACAGAAAUCUACUGAAAUAACAGAGAAUGCCAUGGUGACAUCCUCUCAGGACAAAGGCCAAGUAGCCAUCGAUGUGACAGACUCUCAGGACAAAGAACAAGUAGCUGCCAAUGUGAUAGACUCUCAGGAGAAAGAACAAGUAGCCGCCGAUGUUUCUGUACCAGCAGAAGACCCACAAAUAUCUUCCAAAGCAAGUGCAACACAACUCAAUUUGGUGACAACACUUUGUCACACGAUAUGCCAAAGAAUUGAACAAGGCAAUUUUAACAUUAUGUAUUUGCCAAAUGUGCUGUCUCACCUCAAACAAGCAGAAUUAACAAGCAGACUUGAUCAGCAUACACCAUCUACAGCAAUGUACAAGAAAUCAAAAACAGUGGUUCCAGGAAAGAAGAAUGAACAGCAAGUCAAAGGAUUUUACAGAGUGUCAGCAAAGAAAGGCAGAAAACGAAAGACAGAUGUGCUACGAGUUCCAGACCUGCAUGAAACAAAAAGGAUAAAAGAUAGUGUCCUUAGGGACACAGACCAUUUCCACAUGUUGACUGAUGAUGAACAUGAAGCAUCUGAAUGUUCCAUGGUGUCUGAUCAUACUUAUGCAAGAGCUAGUCCUGCUGCUGUAAAUGAUAUUAUACUCAUGGACUGACUGGCGACACAUCUACAGUGAUCAGAAGACCUGUUCCUACCCCUCAUCGUGUGCAAGUUGGCAAAGGAACAAAGAUUGACUGGAUAACAAAAGAAAUGCGAAAGCAGAUGGAAGAACGCGGAAACAACCAGUUUGUAUAAUGUGGUUUAAUUAAUACAUCAGCAUUCCUGUGUAACAUCUAUUUAUCUAGUUGAAUAGUAGUUUACUACGUUUGUUCCACAGUAUUUCAAUCCUCUCCAAUUUAUCAACAGAAUACACAUUCUAAUUGCUAUUUAUUUAUUAUUUGUAAACAUUUGAGACAUCUCAAACAUCACACACAGACACGCACGUACGCACACAAAAUAACAGUUGCUUGGCUGCUAAUAGAGUAUACUUUGUAUUAGAUGUUUACAUGCACUAUCCCUAGGUUAGCUAA